CCCACUUUUAAUUAAUACAAUCCGGUUGAAUUAAUCGAAUUUAAGUGCAUUUAUACGAUCAAGGUUAUUACAAAACGAUUUAAUAUCAGCAACUUUUAGUAGUUGGGACAUAUGAUCGCCUAUUUCGAAAGAAGUUUAUCCGAUCACCAAAGAUAUAUAGUCAAGUGACUGGUUUUCAUAAAUAUAUUGAGGAAAUACCUAAUAUAAGCUAUUAGUGAGUACAAUAUUAAAUGCCUUUAAGAUAACGGUGACUUGAUAACUGUUUUUUGUAAGUUUUUAUUUUAGCUAGCUUCGGAAGGUUUUACAGUAACUGUAUUGUAUAAAACCUAUUUGCUUAAAAAAACAAAACGCGCCCGGUCCAAGUUAUGUCAAAUCCAAAUGAAAAUUACAAUCGAUGUUUGACGUUAUAAUUACAUUAUUUUGUAUUCUUUUUAUUUUAUAGAAAAACAUAAAAUGACCACAUUGACAACUUUUCCUGAAGACGAUAGAUGCCCAAAAGUAUGUAAUGAUAUUGGAGCUUUUAAAAAGGCUGAAAAAUCGCCUGAACAGGCAUUGGAGGAAGUUAAAAUCUCUGAACAAAAAACAUCUGAUGUUGAACCUAAAGUCGAACAAACGUUUAGUUCAGCUCCUCAAAAUCCAGUGGAGGCAAUGAGGCCUGCACCUUCUGGAUAUGAAUAUCUACCCAAUCUUAAACCUGGGGCAGAUGGUAAAGUAGAUUGGACGCCUCUUGGUGGAAUGACUGGUACAAGACCUGGCGUCAACAAAUACAGCAUCAGCAGAUAUUCCCUCAGCGAAUGGCGGAAACACAAUGACAUGGUCCUUGAUCCUGAAAUUAUAACUGAAUCAAAUAUUGUUGAAUAUAAUGCCAAAACUUCUAUGAUGCAGGCAUUUGGCAAUAUCGAUAAACAACAGAGCGAAAACUGCAAACGAUUGAAGCAAAAAGCGCGGGAUAUAUUUAGAUGGAAAGUCGAAGUUGAACGAGCAUGUAAAGCUAUAACAGAAGAAGUGGAAAUGUUGGAAAUAGAACGACAGCGAUUAAAGGGGGCUUCGAGAGUUUUGAUGUUGCCUGAAUCAAUAUCGAAAGAAUGCUUAGAUCUUCGUUCAAACAGAUUCGAACCAGAUCUGGUUGCUGAUGCCGCUGAACAAGAAUUAAUCAAAGAAAUGAACUUAGUAAGUGAAGUAAGGGCCACACUUAAAAACACAUUAAAUCAAAUUAAUGAACAAUUAGCCAUCAAUAAGGCUGCUAAACACAGAAUCGAAUUUGACUGGUGUGAUAAAGCAAUGGCUUAUAAUACUGAAACAAUUAAUUUAAGCCUUAAUCCUAAAUCCAAUACGAUUUUGUUCAGACCUGGAGCUACUCGGUUCGGUGACUUUACUGCACCUUUGGAAUAUUGGGAAUUCUUUUGCAGAGAAAACGUGCAAAGCUGUGAAGCUGCAAGACAAAAGUCAACAGAUCUUCGUGGAAGUCUUAAUGCUAUCCUCGUGAAUGGUGGUAGAAAGCUUCGUACCCAGGCAGAUAAGACAGACAUUUCUAUAGCCGAAACUGUAGCUAUAACUCAGGAACUAUGCACUAAAUUAGAAGAAACUUUACUCUCUACGCUACAGAGAUUAGCAGAUACGGAAUGUUUAAUUGACACUUUACAUGAAUCGAUUAGAAAAAUGGAUGCAGCUAUGAAAUUAGCUCAAACACGACUAGAUAACAGAAAUAAUUGGAGGCCACAUGGGGAGAACGUUAGAGACCAACCACAUUUGGGCUUGAUAGAGGAAGUUAAAAAGAUUCACGAGACGGUUACGUCACUUCUUGGUCAAUUGAGGAACUCGGAGAGAGUCAGGAAAGAUUUGAUGAAUAAACGGAUCACUUUAGAAAGAGAAAUUGCAUCAAAAAGAAAAACUUUGAACAUUGACAGAGAUAGAAUUGGAAUUAUAAGAUCUCAUUAUCCAUCAGCCUCAGAAUUGGCUGGAUAUUAAAAAUACAUGUUAAAAAAAUGACGUAAUCUUAUUCAAAUUCAAAAUCUGAACUUUAUGGAUCGUAAAGUUAUGUUGUCUAGUUUAGCAAAUUAAAGAAGUAAUUAUGCUGCAAUUACAUGCAAUUUAAAACGUUUUAUUUGA